GAACUUCCUAAAAAAUAAUCUUAGCUAGCUCGACAACAUCGUACCAUUUGUGUAUUUUGAGGAGGCGCAUUGAUGAUGUUGCUGCGGAGAUAGAGUAAAGGGAAAAGUUGUUGAACUGCACUGUGUGGAGGACACCUACCUGUCAGCCCGUUUACAGGAUGUUACUUCAAAUACUCCUGGGCUUCCUGUGUGGCGUGACAGCCCUGGCCGCAGAAAACGGCACGGCUCAGCAGGGUCCUCCGCCGCCGCUGCUGCUGGUGUCGUUCGACGGUUUCCGCGCUGACUACCUGCGGAGGUUCCCCAUGCCAAACCUGAAGCUCCUGUACAGCCAAGGGGUCCUGGUGGAGCAGCUCACCAAUGUCUUCAUCACCAAGACGUUUCCUAACCACUACAGCCUGGUGACGGGGCUGUACGCAGAGUCUCACGGUAUCCUGGCCAGCAACAUGUACGACCCCACCAGCCAUAAACACUUCCACGUCACCAAUGACACCGACCCGAUGUGGUGGAACGAGGCACGGCCCCUCUGGAUCACAGCGCUGGACUCGGGCUACAAGACAGCGGCCAUGAUGUGGCCUGGCUCUGACGUGGUCAUCGGCAACCGCACAGCGACACACUUCUUCCCCUACAACCCCAGUGUGACGUUCCAGCAACGACUAGGGAACCUGACAAACUGGAUCUUGGGGAAUGAAAAGGAGCAAGGAGUGAUGUUUGCAGCGCUCUACUGGGAGGAGCCAGACCGGUCAGGCCAUAUAUUCGGCCCAGAUAACGAUACUGCCAUGGGCAAAGCACUAAAAGAGGUUGACGACAACAUCGGCCUGCUCAUGUCAGAGCUGAAGCGGACCGGCCUCUGGGGUCGCAUCAACGUCCUGAUAACCAGUGACCACGGCAUGGCUCAGUGUUCGGCCGAGCGCCUCAUACGGCUGGACGACUGCCUCCACCCCGACAACUACACGCUGGUGGACCUCACACCUGUCGCAGCCCUCAUCCCUCUCAAAGAUGCUGAGGCUGUCUUCAACCUGCUGAACAAGUGCCACCCCCACAUGACGGCGUAUCUGAAGAAGGCCAUCCCUGAUAGGCUGCACUACCGGAACAACGAACGCAUCCAGCCAAUCAUACUGAUCGCUGAUGAAGGCUGGACCAUAGUGCAGAGAGGGGACAAGCUGCCGAGAUUGGGCGAUCAUGGCUAUGACAACUCCCUACCCAGCAUGCAUCCCUUCCUGGCGGCGGCGGGGCCCAGCUUUCGUCAGGGUUACCGAAUCAGCAGUUUACAGAGCGUGGACAUUUACCCGCUCAUGUGUCACAUGCUGUCAGUUCCCCCUCAGCCUAACAACGGCACCUUCAACCACGCUCGGUGCCUGCUGGCUGCUGAGACCUGCUGGGACGUCCCUCUUGUGGUUGGCCUGGUGGUGGUUGUGUUACUGGUACUCACAACAAUCACUGUUCUCUUUAGGUUAUUUGGGCACCGCCGCCCGUCAGGCCCCCGGCCCUUCCAGAGGCUGCAGGUUGACGAUGACGAUGACGACCCCCUGUUGGAGUAAACCAGUCAGAGGCAGUCGUCACACACUAAUCUGUGUCACCUGUUUGUGCUCCAAAAGGUACUGUUGCACUUUAUCCACUGUGGCCACUGCCCCUGCUUUCACACAGGCAUGUGUGUACUGUAUGUAUGUGGUCAUGUGUGUGUACAUACAGACAGUAGACGUGCCAUUUAAAAAGCCUUCAAGCAUAUGGACACCUGCUGUGGAGUUGUACACUGGUGUAAAAAUAGUGACUAUAGUUAACUGACUCUCCAUAAUGUUACUGCUGUAAAAAUCCUUUUACAAGAGACCUGAAGAUGUGACGAGAAACCAGUGGUGUUUUAUUGUGGAAUGUAACUUGUUCUGAGGAAAUAUUUAAGACGUUUUUGGACAACAGUGAGAUUAAUCGUUUAAUUCCAGGAGAUUAAAAAAAAGCUACUGAUUUAAGAGAUUCAUUUCAGAUUUUUCUGAGGGAACUUUGUUUGUGAAUUUUUAUUUGUAGUGUAGUGCUGACUUUUUGUCAGCAGAGGGAGCCAGUAGCUCAUUUAUAUUAUAUGUUACUGAGUUCCUGUGUUUCUUAAGGAGGAAAGCUUCUCAGAUUUUUAGUUGGAACUGUUCUUGAUUGUCUUUAUUUUUCAGAUACUGUUACUGUUUAGGUUUAUUUGUUGCACUGAUAGCUGAGUCUCAGUAACGCUUUAACCCUCCUUGUGUCCAUAUUUACUCAUGUAAAAACUGAAAUUUUACACUUGAAUCGGUACAUUUUUAAAAAACUGUUAAAUUAUAAGUCAUUUAAUUGGUAAUAAUGACUGUAAAUGCCACAGUAAGGUCAAAUUAUAUUAUUAAUUAUAUAAAGAAGAGGAUUUCUAUGCAAAUUGUCCAUUAAGUGUAGGUGUGUCAAUUUUCCAUUCUGUACUUGCAGUGUAUAUAUGAAUUACACCAAAGACAAUUAUUAAGAUGCACAACAGCUGCUCCAAAGAGAUACUCACCAUCUCAAAAAACGGGGACUGGAACAAAGGGAUUCGGAUCAUAACAAGCAAUAUAAGCAAUAUAAAAGUUAUUGUCAGCAUCAGGUGAGGCAGGAACAGACUGGUUCACAUAGAUAUUAAAAAUAGUACAACAUCAAAUCAUGAAAUAAUUUUGCAGUCAGUUUUCAUAUUUCUCUGAUGCUUGCAGAGAGCGAUGCCCCACUCAAAGGUACUUUAACAGGUCACAUGACUGUGUGCAGGGAACCGUGUAUCCGAGUGUUGCUGAAAGUCACAUUUACUGUAGCUCACAAUAAGAAUUUAAAGCAUAAGUCUGAAGAUAUUCUGUAUUUUUCUUAUUAUUAAAAAAAUCCAUUAGAAGACUAAACCAUCGCUCAAUUGAUCCCACUAACAGGUAUUGUCUGUGUAUCCAAAGCCUGUUAUUUCCUCUGUGCCGUGAAGCAGCAAAACUAGUAAACACACGGAACUGAGACACACUGUUGCACUGGAUGACAUGGUCCUUUUAUUAACAUGAACUCACUGUAGUUUAUUUUGGUUCAAUUCACACACCAUCAUGCUGCUAAAUACUCACUAGAGCACCAAAUGUGGAUUCAUCCGCAGCUGAAAAUAGUCCCAGACAUUAACGGGCUUUCUAAAGCUGAAACCAUACAUUUCUGACAUGUUAAGAUUUACAUCUUCAGUAGGAAUUAGUGGGCUUGGGGCCAAGAGCUACAGAGAGGGCGGUGAUGUCAAUAAUACAUUGUUGGUUUUGGUCUUUUCAUGGGAUUUGUUGAAAAUAGCCAUAUUAUAUAUAUCGCAUGCCUCUCCAACCAUAUAUCUAGUGAUAUAUAUACACACUGUUCAUGCAUCUAUUCAUGUCUGUGUGUAAGAGGCAAAAUGAAACGUCCAACUCUUUUCAUGUUCUAUUCUUAGUUCUGCAUGUAGCACAUCAAUAUGUAAAAUGACUUGAUAUUAUCAGCAUAAACAAAUGAGACCAUGGCCAACACGAUGGAUUCAUUCUACACUCAUUUUAAUUGUCACUGUUGGUCUCCUUCCUGUUCUGUGCUGUGUAUCAGUAUGAUUUUGUGCCAUAAAGCAAACCCAGUGACAAAUCUGAUAGAACAUGCAGUAUAAAGGUCACAGAAAGAUGGUGUCAUCUUUAUGGUUGUCAUAGUUAUAAUAUGUUUGAUCCCUAAAGUUACUGUCAUUUCUGUACUAUGCAAUUCCUGUCUGGCCUCUAGAGAGAUUCCUGUGGUUCAUGGGAUUUUCAAAGUGAAUAAAUUUUACUGAAAAUCUGA